AUGGAGGUGCACCAACUAUGGAAAGUCACUGAUGGGUACCAACUAGCAUUGAAGAUUGAAACCCAACUCACUCGUCGUGCGACAAAGAAAUUUGUUGAUGUACGCAACUUUUAUCCUCUUCCAAGGUUUGCUCCAAAGUCAGCCACUAAUCAUAACUACUGUAACCCGGGUGCUUGCUUCAAGUAUGGUAAACCUGGUCAUCGCUUCGCUAAUUAUCCUAGGAGGCAAGUAGAUGCACGAGUGAAUUAUGUAGCAGAAGAAGGUGAACCUAGUCAUCGCAUGAUGUUCAUGUAUUUCUGGGUUUAUUUUCUUGCGGUUGACUAG